UGACUAAAAUGUUUUUAAUUUAAAAUAACUGUUUAUAAACUCUAAUUAAGCAAGGAUCCCUUAUGAACCCAUUAAGGGAAAAAUUUUUAAAAGGUAUUGCACAAUAGUUUUAAUUAUUGCCCAGCAAAAAAUGGAAGUAAACGAAUCCUUCAUCUACGAAAAUAUAACAAUCGUUAUUCCAGAAAUAACCAUGUUCGAAUUUAUAACAGAAGGUGCAAUAUUAACAUUCCUUGGGCUUUUGGGAAUUUUCGGAAAUGUCAUUUCAUUGAUUAUUCUAUCCAGACCAGAAAUGAGAUCUUCAGUCAAUUGUGGUCUUCAAGGGCUUGCAUUCUUUGACACAAUUGUUCUUAUAUCAUCGAUUACAAUGCUUGGACUGCACAAAUUAGGAUACAAACUGGUCAUUUUAUAUCGCUACACUUUUGAGAUGUUCCCCUUUGUGGUCAUGGUGGCUUACCCUAUAGGCUUGAUCGCUCAAACAGGAUCAGUAUGGACUACUGUAGGUGUAACAGUUGAAAGAUAUGUUGCAGUAUGCCAUCCUCUUAAGGCUAGAUUUCUUUGUACUUAUAGGAGAGCGAGAAUCUUUAAUUUGCUAAUUGUAGUCUUUGCUGUAUGUUACAACAUACCCAGAUUCUGGGAGAUAGAUGUUACAGAGGUGCUUGAUCCAGGUUCUAAUUCGAGUGUUUAUAUGGCAAAACCAAGUGAAUUUCGUAUGAACAAGCUGUAUUAUAAAGUUUACUAUAUAUGGUUGUAUCUCUUUGUGAUGUACUUUAUACCUUUCUUAACUCUUGCUGUACUGAAUAUUUUUAUUUGGCGAGCUGUGCAACAUGCCAACAAAGACAGACAAAGGCUUACUCGGAGAGAAGAGAAAGAAAUCGGGUUGGCCAUGAUGCUCAUUUGUGUGGUUGCUAUCUUCUUUGUCUGUAACAUUCUUGCCCUGCUGAUCAAUAUAUUAGAGUUGUUCGACCUUGUUGUCCCAGCUUUAGUCCGCGUGUCUAAUCUUCUGGUGACAUUCAACUCAUCAAUAAACUUUGUCAUUUACUGCAUAUUUGGACAGAAAUUUAAAAAAAUGUUUUUGCACAUGUUCUGUGGUUUCCGGCGCACAAAGAAUCAGAGUUUUACAAGUACUUUGCAAGUCACACACACAGAGACUCUUCGCAGUGUUGUUGCACCCUCUACGAGAUUCAGAUCUUUGACUCCAAAUGGUACUUCGGAAUCCAGCAGUCUAUAGAUGUAUUCAUUUUUCACAGUUUAUAAUUCAGUGGUACAUAGUAAAAAUAAUCACUCUGCACGGAACACCGAAAAUGGUUUCAAUGAAGUUGCACCAUUAAUGGAAUUUGUUUGGCUUCAUGGUCUCUGUAACCAAAUUUAAUGUUGUUAUGAAUAUUUUUGCACAUGUGAUGUUUACUACAUAUCUUUCCAUUG